AUGAAGAAGGUCCUCAGUCUCCUCCCGCUCGCCCUCAUCGCACCAGCGAUCCUCGCAGCGCCAGCCGAGAACACCCAAGUCGUUCUCGGUGGGACUAGCCCCGUUCAGAACAGCCUCUUCCACCUCCCAGACACCGAAAGAGUGCAUGAAUGGUACGAAGACGGAAAGCAAUUCAUCAAACAACACGGGUUAACCUACGAGCUGGUUCAACACCCUCAUUUUAGCGACUAUAAGCUCAGGGUCACGGAGCCUAAGCUAUGUGACCCUUCGGUGAAGCAGUACUCCGGUUACCUCGAUAUCACCGACGACAAACAUUUGUUCUUCUGGUUCUUUGAGUCACGCACCUCUCCGGAAGAUGCGCCCCUUGUGAUGUGGCUUAAUGGCGGCCCAGGAUGUAGCUCCUCCACUGGUCUCUUGUUCGAGCUCGGUCCGUGUAAUAUCGCAGACGGAGGCGCCAACACGACGUUUAACCCCCACAGCUGGAAUACCCACGCUAACGUGAUCUUCCUCGACCAGCCUAUCAACGUCGGAUUCUCCUACUCUGAAGACGGGAGCACCGUCGACACGAGCCCUGUGGCUGGAAAGGAUGUUUAUGCAUUCAUGGAACUCUUCCUCGGGCGCUUCCCCGAAUACUCCACUCAGCCUUUCCAUCUCGCUGCAGAGAGCUACGGAGGCACUUAUGUCCCGCACAUCGCGAACGUCAUCUACACAGAGAACCAACUCCUUCCUCUUUCGCCCGAUGCGGGACUUAUCAAGAUCAACCUCGCGUCUGUCAUGAUGGGCAACGGGAUGACGGACAACUACAUCCAAAUGGCGUCGAUACCCGAUUACCUCUGCGAAGGACCGUACGCGAUCUAUGAUGACCCCGAUGGUGCGGAAUGCACUGCUUUGAGGAGCAAAGUCCCGACCUGCCAGAGACUGAUCAAGUCUUGUCGUGAUUUCAACUCUCGGUUGACUUGUGUACCUGCUACGCUGUAUUGCAACUCUCAGCUCUAUGCUCCCAUCCAACAAUCCGGUCUUAACCCUUACGAUGCGCGUAUCAAAUGCGAUCGUGAGAAAGACGGGCCUCUGUGCUACCGCCAGAUGGGCUGGAUCGAGACUUUCAUGAAUGAUCCUGAGGUGAAAGCUGCACUCGGUGUGAACCCGCAGCGCAAGUUCGAGUCCUGCAACAUGGCUGUCAACCAGGCGUUCAUGCUCCAGGGCGAUUCGAUGCGGAACACGCCUCUGUUGUUGACGGAUAUGAUCAAUGAUGGCGUCAGGCUGUUGAUCUACGCUGGUAAUGCGGAUAUGAUGUGCAAUUACAUGGGUAACGAGCGGUGGGUCGAACAACUUGAUACCAUCUUCUUGGACGAGUUCUCUACGGCUCCGACUGAGCAGUGGGUAACGCUGCGUUCUGGAAAGGUCGCUGGUACUGUCCGGUCUGCCGGUGGCGCUGGUUCUGGCGCUGGAAACGUCACUUUUGUGACUGUUUAUGAAUCUGGGCACAUGGUUCCUUACGACCAACCUGAGGCUGCCUUGGACAUGAUGGUGAGGUGGAUCAUGGAUAUCCCGCUGACGCUCGAUGUCACGGAGGCAGCACCCCUCGUGCCCUUUGGAGGGAUAUAA